AUGGCGGACGUCGAUCAGCACCCCAAAUUCAUGGGGCUUACGGGUCGGCCAUUGAGCACCGCUGUGUCAGUGGUUGCUACAACUGGUUUCCUACUAUUUGGUUAUGACCAGGGCGUCAUGUCAGGUAUCAUCGGCGCCGCGCCGUUCCAUGCAUACUUUCCCGAGAUUCUGUAUAACUCGACCAUGGAAGGCUUCGUCACUGCCAUCUAUGAGAUUGGCUGUCUCGCUGGCGCCGUGGCCAUGCUCCUAUACGGCGACCAUCUCGGUCGCCGCAGGGCUAUCAUGUGUGGAGCCAUCAUCAUGAUCCUUGGUGUAAUCAUUCAGGUCACGCCCAUCAAGGGAUACAACGCAGGCGCACAGUUCAUCGUGGGCAGAACGAUCACCGGCGUUGGCAAUGGCAUGAACACGGCAACGAUUCCGACAUACCAGGCAGAGUGCUCCAAGACUUCCAACCGAGGCCUGUUGAUCUGCAUCGAAGGCGGCGUCAUCGCGUUUGGAACAUUGAUCGCAUACUGGACUGACUAUGGCUGCUCUUUCGGGCCUGAUCAGCUCACCUGGCGCUUUCCCAUCGCAUUCCAGGUCUCUUUCGCUCUAGUCAUCUUGAUUGGCCCAUGGUAUCUACCAGAAUCUCCGAGAUGGCUGUUGAGCAAGGAUCGCCAUGAGGAUGCAGUCAAAGUCAUCUCCGCGCUUCGGGGAUACAGGCUGGAUUCAGAGGAAACUCGCCUCGAAGCUCACAUCAUCAUGGACUCGCUGCGCGCCUCUGGCCACAAGGGUGGCAACACACCCUUCAGCGCACUGUUCACUAACGGCAAGACGCAGCACUUCAGGCGUAUGAUGCUCGGCGCAUCUUCUCAGCUGAUGCAGCAGAUUGGUGGCUGCAACGCGGUUAUUUACUACUUCCCGAUUCUCUUCGAGAGGUCCAUUGGCCAGUCCCACGAUAUGUCGCUGUUGCUUGGCGGUGUCAACAUGAUUGUCUACUCAAUCUUUGCCACUACCUCCUGGUUUAUCAUCGAGCGCGUUGGCCGUCGCAAGUUGUUCCUCAUUGGUACCGUUGGACAAUGUCUAUCCAUGGUCAUCGUGUUUGGAGCACUGAUCCCAGGCAACCCGCAGGCUGCCAAGGGCGCAGCUGUCGGCUUGUUCACUUACAUUGCUUUCUUCGGCGCUACAUGGCUACCUCUCCCAUGGCUCUACCCCGCCGAGAUCAAUCCAAUCAAGACCCGUGGCAAGGCGAACGCUGUGUCGACGUGCACGAACUGGCUCUUCAACUUCCUAGUAGUCAUGAUUACACCAGUCAUGAUAUCGAACAUCGGCUGGGGAACGUAUCUCUUCUUCGCUGUCGUAAACGCGUGCUUCCUGCCGUUCAUCUACCUUUACUAUCCGGAAACGGCGAGGCGUUCGCUCGAAGAGAUCGACCUGAUCUUUGCAAAGGGCCACAUGGAGAACAUGAACUAUGUCAAGGCUGCAAAAGAGCUGCCGUACUUGGACGAGCACGGUAUCGAGCAGAUGCAGCGUCAGUACGGGUUCUUCGACGAGAACGAUGCUGGGCCGGACAUGUUUAGCGAGAAGGCGAGCAUCAAAGCUGUGCCGUGA